AAAGGCGCGUAACGCCUCGCAGUUACCUGGCGAACCUCCUCGAGAGAGAGGAUUACGUAAGGCCGUUCCUUCAAAGAGACACUCACACACGUACAUCCGUACCGCGAGUCAUUUUCUUCUCUCUCACGGCACAUUAGUAUUGGCGCGAGCUUCUCGACGGCCGCGUACACAUCCAGUCGUCGUUCGGUUAUUAUGCCAAAGGACUUCGUUGUAAUAGGCCUGUUUUCUCUUUAAUAUAUUCGAGUUAGUGUGACAUCGGUUGCUCGAAAUCGCGAGGAUAAACAACGAACAUGAGGUCGGCGAUAAAGUUCGUUUUGGGGCUGCUUCUGGUCUGCGGAGCCUGUGCCGGUCCUGUGGACGAUAGCAAGCCGAUUAGUGACAGGACACUGUUUAUCAGAAGCUUGCCGGGUUAUCCCGGUGGAAGGAGCAAUGUUUACGAGGUUUACAUGGAACCUUAUUUGUUUGCCAUUGGUUUGAAAGCGAUGGUGGAACUGAAAGCCCUCGACGGAAAUGGCAAUCCCGUAGACGGUCCCCGGGGCACUCUAACCCUGGAGCAGCUCCCCAACGGCGUUCGAAUUUACGGAACGAUUUCUGGAUUAACCAAAGGCCUUCACGGCUUCCACGUCCACGAGAAGGGAGACCUGACGAAGGGCUGCGCCUCCGCCGGUCCUCAUUUCAACCCUUACUUGGUUAAUCACGGAGCACCGAACGACCCGCUGCGCCACGUCGGUGACCUGGGCAACAUCGAGGCCGGCGAGGACGGUAUCGCCCAGAUCGACGGCGUCGACCACUACCUCACGCUGACGGGCGUGCGCGGGGCGAUCGGCAGGACCGUCGUCGUGCACGAGAAACAAGACGACCUCGGCCGCGGCGGCAACGAGGAGAGCGCCAAAACUGGAUCGGCAGGCGCGAGACUCGCCUGUGGCGUCGUUGGCUUCAUCUGAGAGACCUACUUUUGUUUCUUCCUUUUUUCUGUACUCACCUCCGCGUAACCCUUGAACUCACUUUGUUUUUGUACUUAGUCGUACUCGUCGAGGAUUCGUAGCUGUGCAAACGUCGUGCGGACGUCAGCGGACGUUCGAUUGGUUUUUAUUCAUAGAGAAUAUGCGCUUCGUUGUAUGCCAAAUUUAUUAUUUAUAGAGAGAAAGAUGAGCGUUGUUUUUUACAGGAUUUUAUAGUGUAACAACAAACCUUAGCCGAUGUACAAUAAAAUUAAACGAGGAUAAACGUAAA